AUGGGAAAGGCAAGCAAAUGGAUCAGGAACUUUCUGAUGAUGAUGGGGAAAAAGGAGGAAAGGGAAAACAAAGAAGAAAAACCAACAGAAUAUAUGGUAACCCCAACUGCAAGUUGCCCAUCUACUCCAAAAGUGAGAAGGAGAUGGAGUUUCAAGAAAUCAUCAAGCAUGGAGAGAAAUAACCAUAAGAGUGCUAGGUCUUUUGACUUGACUUCUACUCACAAACUUAACACACAAGGCUCAAUGCUGGAGUUUGACAUUCUGGAGAAACACAUCAAAGCAACCCUAACAGCAAAAGAAGCUACAGAACCAAAGACAUACAUUACCAGACGUGUUAAGGAUGCAGCAGCCACCAAAAUCCAAGCUGUUUUUCGUUCUUAUUUGGCUAGGAAAGCGUUGCGGGCCCUAAGAAGCCUAGUUAGAUUACAGGCACUGGUAAGAGGUCACCUAGUGAGGAAACAGACAGCAGCAAUGGUCAAGCGCAUGCACUCUCUUAUGGUCAUUCAACUAAGGGCUCGCGUUCAAAGAGUUCAGAUGUCUGAAGAAGCACAUACCCCAACAAGGAGGAGUCAGAAAGUAUCAUCCGAGAACAAUCAGCUUACCAGAGUCUGCAGCAUUGAAAAUAUGGAUGUUAGCAUUCAAGAAAAAGGGAGAGUUCAGAAGAAAAUUGGCACGAAAGAUAAAUCUCCGAGAAUGGAAAAUAGAUUGAGCACCUUUGAAUCUCAUCGUCUUUCAGUGUCAAGGAGUAAUCAAGUACUCCAGACAUGUCCAAGUCCCUCUACACUGAGUGAUGCAAGCACAAUAAGUUAUGAAAGGCAUAUAGAGGAUUUCUCCUUCAAGAUGCCAAAAAAAGAUUUUGAAGAUUGCUCUAAUGUGUCAACGACCAUAUCUUCCAAAACCCCACUUUCCAUCACACACUCAGAAAAUCCGAACUCCAUAAUUUCUAGCGCUGCUUUAGCCCUAACAUACAUGUCCAACACAGAAUCCUCAAGAUCAAAAGCUAGAUCACAUAGUGAACCAAGACAACGGCCCAAUUGGAGCAUAAAAAGAAAAAGCAAGCGCACACCAUCGAUGGAUGGGAUAACAGGCAUACCAGACGCUAGCAGGGAAGAAACACCUACCCACAGCAGGAGACACAAUGUCCCAGAAAGCCAUGAAGCCUGGUUACUCAAGCUUUACAAACAAGCAAAGCCCAUCAAGCAUGUCAAAGGUUGA